UGGGGAGCGGCUGGUCCCUGAGUCCCAAGGAGCGACCACUUUCUGGAGAUUCUGCUUCUGCCUGCCGCUCUCAAUCCUCUUGAAGCUCUCCAUCCGGACCCCUGGUCCUAGUCCCUUGCGGAGGCAUGGAAGAAUUUUUGCAACGCGCCAAAUCUAAACUGGAUCGAAGUAAACAGUUGGAGAAAGUCCAUGCCGUUAUUGGACCUAAGUCAUGUGACUUGGAUUCUCUCAUUUCUGCCUUCACAUAUGCAUACUUUCUGGACAAGGUCAGUCCACCCGGGGUCCUCUGCUUGCCAGUGCUGAACAUCCCGAGGACCGAAUUCAGCUACUUCACAGAGACGAGGUUCAUUUUAGAAGAGCUGAACAUCUCUGAAUCAUUCCACAUAUUCCGAGACGAAAUUAACCUGCAUGAGCUGAACGAUGAAGGAAAGCUGUCAAUAACGCUCGUGGGCAGCAACGCCCUCGGGAGCGAGGACAGAAGUUUGGAAGCCGCAGUUGUCAGAGUCAUUAACCCCGGUGAGCAGAGCGAUGGUGAGCUGGAGUUCCCGGAGUCUUCCUCCUCGCUGGUGCUGAAGGAGCUCCUGCACGAGGCCCCCGAGCUCAUCACCCAGCAGCUGGCGCAUCUCCUCAGAGGCAGCAUCCUGUUCAAGUGGAUGAGCAUGGACCCUGAGCUCCCGGAGAAGCAGGAGGACAUUCUCUCCAUCCUGGAAGAACAGUUUCCCAACCUGCCUCCCAGAGAUGACAUUAUCAGCGUGCUGCAGGAGACCCAGCUCAGUGCUCAGGGUUUAAGUAUUGAACAAACAAUUCUGAAAGAUCUAAAGGAGCUGUCAGAUGGUGAAAUAAAAGUGGCUAUCAGCACUGUGACCAUGACCCUGGAGGACUGUCUGUUUCAUAGCAACAUCACCAGUGACUUGAAAGCCUUCACAGACAAGUUCGGUUUUGAUGUCCUCAUCCUGAUCGCGAGCUACACCUUGGAGGAGCAGCAGAGACAGCAAAUCGCGGUGUACUCCCAGAACCUGGAACUGUGCAGCCAGAUUUGCUGUGAAUUGGAAGAAAGUCAGAACCCUUGCCUGGAACUGGAGCCAUUUGAAUGUGGCUGUGACGAGAUCCUGGUAUACCAGCAGGAGAACCCUUCUGUGACCUGUGACCAGGUGGUUCUUCUUGUCAAGGAAGUCAUCAACAGGAGGUGUGCAGAGAUGGUCUCUAACAGCCGGACAUCCUCCACGGAAGCUGUGGCAGGCAGCGCGCCCCUGUCCCAGGGCUCCUCCGGGAUUAUGGAACUGUAUGGUUCUGACAUAGAGCCACAGCCCAGCUCUGUGAAUUUCAUAGAAAACCCUCCAGAGCUCAACGAUUCUAACCAGGCUCAGGCAGAUGUCAACAUAGACCUUGUUAGUCCCGACAGCGGCUUGGCCACCAUCAGGAGCAGUCGUUCAUCCAAGGAGAGCUCAGUGUUCCUCAGUGAUGACAGCCCCGUGGGAGAGGGUGCUGGGCCUCACCACAGCCUUCUCCCAGGAUUUGACUCCUACAGCCCCAUCCCCGAAGGGAUAGUUGCAGAAGAGCACAGCGAACACUUUGACCUCUUCAACUUUGACCCAGCACCCAUGGCUUCUGAGCAAUCCCAGCCGUCUUCCCAUUCUGCAGACUACUCGCCAGAAGACGGCUUCCCCAACAGCGACUCAUCAGAAGGAAACCUCUCCGCGGGGCCGAAAGGACUUGGUGAGAUGGGGAUCAGCAAGUCUAAUUACUCAUCCAGCUCACUUUUGUCGGAGACCGGGAAAGACAGCCUGGUGGAAUUUGAUGAAGACUUUGUCCAGGGACAAGAAAGUUCAGGAGAUAACUCUGAAAGUAAUUUAAGCCUGGCAUGUUUCGUGGGAGAUGGACCUUCCUCCCCGCCACGGCUGAAGAACAUUGGGAAGAGGAUCCCACCAACACCUAUGAACAGCUUUGCAGAACUCUCACCGUCAACCGAAGCGCCAGCCCCACUCUAUCCUGAAGGUAUGAUCCAAAAUGCCAUAGACGCGACCCACCUGGGGCCGCCUCAGACCCGCACACGGUGCAGCAGCUGGUGGGGUGGCUUAGAAAUUGACUCGAAAAAUAUCGUGGAUGCGUGGAGCCCCGGUGAGCAAGAGCCUGUCUUCCAGAACCCUGAAUCCUGGAAAGAGCAUAAGAACGGCCCUGUUGAGAGGAGAACCUCGGAUUCCGCCUUCCAACCGCAAAGUCUCGGAUUCCCAAAGUCAGAUCCCUGGGAAUCUGAAUUUGGUCAGCCUGAACUGGGCAGCAAAGAUACCCACGACCAGGAGAAGGAGAGCUUGCAAUGUCAGCAUCCACCCACAGAGAUGCCGCAUUUGACAGAUGCCUCUCCUCAAGGGACAAACCACCUCAUAGAAGACUUCGCUGCUUUGUGGCAUUCAGGCCAUCCGCCAACAAUGAUGCCCGAGCCCUGGGGAAAUCCCUCAGAUUCUGUUGACACCGCAGUCUCGGUGCCAUUCCCGGCCUGGGGUGCAUUUGAUAAGAGAAACAGCACCGAGACUCUACACAGCACUUGGAAUCUUCAUCCCACUAACAACGAGAUGCCGCCUGUGCAGGACCCGAAUGAGUGGGCUAUGGCCAAAAGCGGGUUUUCUUUCUCUGCUGCGGACCUACUGGACAAUUCCCUUGUUGAAGUCAAUGCAGAUGCUGCUCCAGAAGUCUGGGGCAAUACGAGCAGCGGCCCCAAGGAUAGUAUUCUUACAUCUCGAAGCCCCAUAUCUGAUCUGGGUCAAACGUGGAAUACUUCUAAGCUGCCAGGGGAAGACCAGAAUGGUUUGGUGGAUCCGACAGCCAGAAGGAGGGUAUAUGGGAAGGAAGGUUCCUGGAGCCUCUUUGAGGAGAGUGUUAAGAAAAGAGGGUCAGAUGUAUCAGCUCCUUGGGAAGACUCCUUCUUGUCAUACAAAUGCUCUGAUUACAGCGCAUCCAACCUAGGAGAAGAUUCAGUCCCAUCCCCCCUGGACACCAACUACUCCACCUCUGACUCUUACACGUCGCCAACAUACGCUGGAGAUGAAAAGGAGACAGAAAACAAGCCAUUUGCUCAAGAGAAUGGUUUUGAGGCCAAAGACACUAACUGUCUUGCAGAGGGUGGCGAGUCUCUCGCAGCGUCACCGCAGCAGUCUCAGAGAAAUCGAAUUGGUUCCGGUCCCGGGCACUUAGACAUGUGGGCGUCGCCUCCUGCAGAUGAUACACCCGAAGGAAAUGGCGCACAUCCUCCAGACAAAGACUUUCUCAAGAUCGAGCGUGCAGUAGACAAGCCUGCUUCCAGGGAGGACGAUGGAGGGGAGAGCAGCCCAUCCAGUUACAAUGACCCCAGCAUGAUGCAACUCUACAACGAGGCAAACCGGCAGCUCACCCUUCUCCACAGCAACACCAACUCACGCCAGGCAGCCCCCGACAGCCUUGAGACAUGGAACCGAGUGGCUCUGGAGGACACACAGUCCACCGCCACCAUCUCGGACAUGGACAACGAACUGGACUGGGAUGACUGCAGUGGGGGUGUGGCUAUCAGCGGCGACAGUCAAGCAGAAGGUUACAUAGCUGCAAACACUGAACCCGAAACCCGGUUCUCAGUGAAGCAGCUGGAACCCUGGGGCACAGAGCAUCAGGAAGCAAACCAGGUAGACUGGGACCUCUCCGCCUCUGCCGAGCCCACUGGGGACACUGGUCCCAGUGAAUACCAUAUCCUGAAUGAGAAGAGUGGGCAGUUAAUUGCAAACAGUAUUUGGGAUUCUGUCAUGAGAGAUAAAAAUAUGCCGACAUUCAGAUUACCAAGCCCACCCAGUACUACAGAUAUGGGACAAAGCGCUUGGCCUCCUGAAAUUCCCGGGCACUCAGUAAAUGAUAAAGACAGUCCCGUGUUAGAAGCCUCUGGAUUCAGUGAGCCAGCAGCACUCACAUCUCGGGACAUGUGGACAGAGUCACAAGGCGACACAGCAUCCUUGGUGACCAGGCCGGAGAGUCCAGAAUGUGUCACACAGUCAGACCCGUGGACUGGCUGUGCUUUCGGACAGAGUGAAAGAGAGAUCGAAGGCCUGGGAGCCCCUAGCAGCGGGCAUCUCAACAAGGAGGCAGCGGCAGGCUCCGGGGUGGAGGGAGAAGAGCCCAGUGACCAGGCAGUGUCUUUUUCAGCUGCAUUUAAACACCAAGAAAUCUGCAGUGCGUCAGGCAAAAUCAACUCUCUUCUAGUCACUUCCGGUCCUCAAGCGGAGGGACCAGAGGAAGCCUUAGAAGUCGAGAAGGAGCCUUAUGCUCUAGACUCCUUUGCUGUGCAAGCAGAGACACCCACAAGCGAUUUGCAGACAAAAGAGACCCAUGAGGAAUCUCUCGUGGAUGUCAGAAAUUCAGGUGAAACGGGCACAACUUCCGGUAGGAUUCAUCUAAUAGAAAAUAUGCCUUUAUCUGAUAUGGAACUUGAGAAAACUGAAGCCUGUAAUCCUCUGGAGUCAGGAAGAGCGGAUGAACAGCUGCUUUAUGAGUGUCCUCAGACCUUGGACGAUUGGGACGGCGCUGUAGACAGUGACGUGUGGGACAGUCACAUAAGUUAUGAGGCGACUGCGAAUCCCGCAGGCCAUGGCCCCGAGAGCGGCUUCCCGGAAGCCCUUUCCCCAGGAAAUUAUGACAGAGACAGCCUCUCCAGUGAAUGUACUCAUUCAAGUAUGUCGAGUCCUGAUCCAAAUGAGUCUCCAGUGGCUUUGCCCUGGACCCAUGGACCCGGUACUGAACUUCAGAAAGAGGAUCAGGACGACAGGAGCAAACCAAUUCACCAAGAACCGGAACAAUUUGCCACCGAAUCCCAAGCAGAAGUGGUUACUGAAAUGAGGGACUUUGCAGAAAAUAGACAGGAUGGGUUGGGAAAGUUGUCUGAUCACAGGGAUCCUAAAUUUCCUGAGAUUCCAAGCGAGUCCAUCAACGGUGACUCCUCAUCCUCUUCAUCCAGCCUUGGAACGGAUAAAUAUCCAGAAUAUUCUUAUGCAUAUCAGGGAGGAAGUGUAACAAUUAGCCAUCAAGAGAAAAAUGAACUUGACUUUCUGGAAAUUGCGCAGCCAGAGGACACUAGGAGCAUAUCCACAAGCUCAGGUUCUGACGAUGAUGGUGGAGGUGACGGAGAGUUAGUGGAGACAGAGCUCCAUUUGGCCACAUGCCAAGUUUCUCAGAGCGAAUCCGGGGCUUGUGGUUCACUGCAUGAACCCGAGUUCUUGACCACAGAGGAUCCCAAGUCUGAACUUUCUGUCUUUGUGGGUAGUUCAGAGCCAAGAGAGAAAGAGAACAAGCCAAACCCAUUCUGCGACAGUCAACAAAGCAGCCCUGGUCAGUGGAUCUUGUCACCACUCGUGCAGACUGGCACACAGGACACAUCUGUGGAGGUCAAGGCUGCAGAAACGGGGAGGACGGGAGACAGCAUGUGGCAGGUGUCUCCCAAACCUGAGCCCCGGGAUGGAGACCCUGCUCGAUUGGAAAUGCUUGGCUUCUCAGCUGACAGCAGUGAGUGGUGGACCAGCCCUCUACAGGAAGGGAGACCGAAUGUCAGCACAUCUGCAGGGCCACUGUCUGACUCUGAGGGGGAGUCUAACUUAGAGGCAACUUCUCCAGUCUUCCAGAACUCGGGUCCCUGGGGCGUACCCAUUCAGAGUGAUAGUGAACCUGUGGACACAGACACUACUAAUCCCUUCAGUGGUAAACUGAAGUCACCCUUUCUAUAUAGCAAUGGGGACAAGUCACAUGAGAAACUUUGGAACAUUCAACCAAAGCAGCUUGACUCAGAUGCCGACCAGUUCAGUCAGCUUGUAAUAUUGAACCAAGUUAAAGACGAAGAUGCAGGCCAGCAAACAGCUGUGCCCUCUACUGCUGACAACCUUCCUGCGGAGACUCGCACCCAAGAGCAGCGUCAGGAACCUGCGCUCUCUGUCUGGGACCAUGCGGACCCAACAUUUACUAACAGAGAUGAAAACGGACGCAUCAGCCCUGGGGUUUCUCCCACUGAGUGCCAACAAGAGAACUGGUGGGGACAAGAAAAAUCCUAUCCCGGCCAAGUGACACACUCAAGCACGGUCACGGAAAAUCUCACUGCAGUCAGUACUCCCACAGAGCUGAUGGAGAAGUCAGGUUCUGAAUGGGAUAGCCCCAGCCCCGGCGAGCCCCAGCCUAACUUUGUUCCAGAUAUUUUACAUGACAACUUCCAGGAGGGUGGACAACUGGCCUCGGCUUCCCCUGAUUUGUGGGUGGACGUCAAAGAGCCUUUCGCCUUCAGAGCAGAUGCUGAGGAUCCUGAUAUACUGACUCACUGCGACCAUGACAGCGACUCUCAGGCCUCCGGCAGCCCUGAUGUGUGCCACGAUUCUGAAGGAAAGCAAGAGACGGAGACGCAUGCAGGUGCUUCCCCAGGACCUGAAGUGGAGCCCAGUGAACUUUACCUCCCUGAGCUAAAGAUGAAUGAUGAACCUACUCAGGGACCCAGGAAGGCAUCUCUCCCACACAGUUCAGAACUCCACUCUGAACACCCGAUGCCACUGCCUCCAAUCGAUAGUCGGAUGGAUAUAAAUGGCUCAUCUAAGCCUGCCUCUCCCAAAAGUUCCCCUGAACCUUCUGAUAGGCAUGGAGACAACAAUACAAGCUUGACAGCGUUAGAGGAAGAUGCCAACCCGGAGGUGGGAGCCGUGGACAGGGGGAUCCCAGGUACUGGAAAUGGAGAUGCUGACACUCCCGUGACUUGUCAGGAGGUCAGUAUAGAAGGCAACGGCUCUUGGGUGUCAGAAGAACUUUGUCCUGACAGUCAGACAGGCACGGGGGCCUUGCUUGACCGUGAGCAACCUUUUGCUUCUGAGAACCCUGCUGUACUGACUGACAUCUUGCUAGCCUCAGACACCUGCCUGGAUGUGAGCGAAGCUGCCUUUGAGCACAGUUUCAGUGAAGCCUCAGGCCUCAACACUUCCACGGGCACUAUAGACGAUAUGAGUAAGUUAACACUAUCAGAAGGCCAUCCUGAAACACCAGUUGAUGGGGAUGCGGGGAAGCAAGAUAUCUGCUCGUCUGAAGCUUCCUGGGGUGAUUUCGAAUAUGAUGUCAUGGGCCAGAAUAUUGAUGAAGAUCUGAUGAAAGAACCCGAACAUUUCCGCUAUGGGGGUGAUCUUCCAUUGGAAGACGGAGCACUGAAGCAAUCGCUGGCCCCAUACACACCCCCCUUUGAUCUGUCCUACCUCACAGAACCUACUGCUGCUACUCAAACAGCCCAGGAAGCUGGGUCUCCAGAUGAUGCAUCUCUGGGGAGUGACGCAGCAGAGAUGUUACUUUCUGCUCUUCCUGAUCAAAGGGAGGAAAACCACGCUGAGACCGACAGCAGGCAGCCUAGACACCCGGUGACUGUGUUGCAUGUUUGUGAAGACCCUGAGGCUCUUUCUUCACCUGUAGGAGGACCGGGUUCCAACAUAGAAUCAUCACCUUCAAAUAUUGACUGGGAAAUAGAAACAGAUUGUUCAGAUUCACCAGCAGGUGGCGCCAUGAGACCACCAAACGGUGUCAUCGAGGAUAUAGUAGAGUUAGAAGAGAACAUAAUUCCCACAAAAGGGCCCGAGCAGACAAAAUCAGAGUCCAUUGAAGAUAAGUGGGCCGAGAAAAGCGAAGACCCCCAUGCACUAGCUGUGAGUUACAUACUCGUAAGCCAUGAAAAAGAUUCUCCGUUGAAACCAGAGGCCUGGGAAGCAAGAGAAAACUUACCCGAAUCAGAAAAAUUAUCCAUAGGUUCUGGAGAAACAGAGCUACCAGAAACUCAGUUAGCAGAGGCCCCAGACACAUGCCAGCCCGAGUCUCUAAAUGAAGUCAAAGUUGGUUCUGCAGAGAAAAUGUCUUCCGACCACAACAAGAGGGCAUCUCCUGAAAGCCCUGCACAAGAGCAGAACUGGAUGGUCUUGGGCCACAGUGAGGUUGCUGAUCUAUCCCCAGAAACAAGGGACCCCGGGUCUGAGUCUCCUGGUAAAACUAUGGAGCAGUUCUUGAGUCUCAGCUUGGACAAGGCCCCCCAGUGCGAGGAUCUGGGAGGAAAUAGGCCUCUAGACUCUUUAGCACUGGAGGAAGUCACUGCUUUGAGCAGCCAAUCAAAGAAGAGCAAGAGACGAGGUCAAGCUGGUCUAGAUGCGGUUCCAGCACAGGCUGCCACCCAGGACAAUGAAUGGGAAAUGCUUUCGCCACGGCUCGCCCAGAAAAAGAGGAUCCCUCCACAGGAAAUGGAGGAGGAGACAGAGUUCCUUGAGCCUAGACUCCGAAAGCCAAGGCCAAAUGGAUCCCCGUCGGAGGAUGUGGGAAUGGAUGUCCCCUUCGAGGAGGGAGUGCUGAGUCCCAAUGCUGCAGACAUGAGGCCUGAACCUCCAAAUUCCCUGGAUCUCAAUGGCAGUCACUCUCGGAGAAUCAAGCUCACAGCCCCAAAUAUCAACCUUUCUCUGGACCAAAGUGAAGGAUCGAUUCUCUCUGAUGAUAACCUGGACAGUCCAGAUGAGAUUGACAUCAAUGUGGAUGACCUCGAUACCCCCGAUGAAGCAGAUUCUUUUGAGUACACUGGCCAUGAAGACGCCACAGCCAACAAAAGCUCUGGUCAGGAGUCAGAGUCUAUUCCAGAGUACACAGCCGAAGAGGAGCGAGAAGACAACCGGCUGUGGAGAACGGUGGUGAUUGGAGAGCAGGAGCAGCGGAUUGACAUGAAGGUCAUCGAACCCUACAGGAGAGUCAUUUCUCAUGGAGGAUACUAUGGGGACGGCCUGAAUGCCAUCAUUGUGUUUGCUGCCUGUUUUCUGCCAGACAGCAGCCGGGCGGAUUACCACUAUGUCAUGGAAAACCUUUUCCUAUAUGUAAUAAGUACCUUAGAGCUGAUGGUGGCUGAAGACUACAUGAUUGUGUACUUGAAUGGUGCGACUCCCAGGCGGAAGAUGCCAGGGCUAGGCUGGAUGAAGAAAUGUUACCAGAUGAUUGACAGACGGUUGCGCAAGAACUUGAAGUCAUUCAUCAUUGUCCACCCAUCUUGGUUCAUCAGAACGAUCCUUGCGGUGACGCGACCUUUCAUAAGCUCAAAAUUCAGCAGUAAAAUUAAAUACGUUAGUAGUUUAUCUGAGCUCAGUGGGCUGAUCCCCAUGGACUGCAUCCAUAUCCCAGAGAGCAUCAUCAAGUACGAUGAAGAAAAGUCUUUUAAGAGAAACGUGAGACUGGAUGAAGAAUUGAGGGAAGCAUCAGAAGCAGCUAAAACUAGCUGCCUUUACAAUGACCCGGAAAUGACUUCGAUGGAGAAGGAUAUCGACCUGAAGCUGAAAGAGAAGCCAUAGCUGGUGGGCCUGCAGAGGAGGGAUCACUUCCUGCUUCGUGGUCUGCUGGAACAUGCCUACAUGGAAGAGACAGGGCUGGUAUCACCUUUCUCCUCCUUGCACUGCGCGGUGCCAUUGGAAAUGUCCACAUGGCAAAAAAUAGGAAGAGCGUUUGUUCACUGUUAAAAUAUUUUAUGAAAUGUUGUGUAUUUUCCUAUCUUGCCAAGUAUGUGCCUCGACGAUUUGAGUUGAACCUUAGCAAGAAACUAGAACCUUCCAUUUUAUUAUCCUGCUAACCCUCGAUGCAAUGGGACUUAGUUCCUUAGACUGGUUUUUACCGAAAGCGUAGCCUAACUCCGCUGUUAGACAGAUGUGGAUGCAUGUCUGUAGUUUGGCUGAAUUUCCCUGCACAGCUUGUUCUGGAUUUAAGAUGCCCAGGGCUUGCUUUGUCCCUGGAAUGUGACUCUCUAGAGCUCUAUCUAUGAAAUGUUGAGUCUGAUUGGGACAGACAGACAGACAGACAUAUGACAUCCUCAUCAGCUAAGGCAUCUGCUCCCUUUCUGUCCACUCGAGUCUUCUUUUAAUUUUUCCAAGGGAGCCUAGGCCUUCUAACACGUGUAAGCUUUACUUUACAUAGCUGUAUGUAAUGGCUCUUUUAGGACAUUAUUUCCCUAAUGAUCUUUGGAGACCUUCAUAUCGUGAAAGUUGAGAUGAACAUCGAAUUAUCAGUAGCUAACUAUGCUUCAUGCCACAAAGCAGGUUCAAGCCUUUAAACUUCAACUGCCAAUUCCAAGGUGGCCCACUCAAACCUUAUUUGGUAACAGUAUAUCAUCCAAAAUUAACAUGCAAAUGCAUUGCAAAGGCAACCUGCUUUAAGAGGUUUACAAUUAAGCGCAAGUAUAUACUAGCCUUCACGAAAUAGUUCCUUUCUAGUUUUCAUAUACCUUUUUUAUCUGUGGGUCUCUAGAAGAGACUGGCAAGCUAUCCUGAGGGUAGGCCUCCGCUACAAGUGAAGGUGGCUUCCCUCCAUUAGCCAUAUUCAAUCAUACUAGGGUGUUUUACCGAUUUUAGUAUCCUAAAAUAAAAUGCUACUGGCACACAGAGGCACCCAUUUGUUUUCAUACUGUCUGAAGCUCCUUUCAAGCCUUCCUCUCCAGAAUGGAGUAGUGACAACAGGCAGUUCUCCACAAAACCAGACACCAUCUUUAGAGGAAGAAAAUAAGAAGAAAGCGUGCUGAUCGCUUCGCUACCCAAUAGACCCAUUCCCCCCUUGGCCUCUACACCUUUUGUAUCUACUUAAACACUUUCUCCAGCUGAGUGGGCAGAAGUGGAUAUAAACUCACUUGUUUUUGUCAAAAAUAUUUUUUCUUUCAAGACACGAUCUCACUAUGUAUCCUAAUUGUCCUAGAACUCACUAUGUAGAUCAAGCCAGACUCAAAGUUAUGGUGAUCCUUCUGCCUCAGCUUCCCAAGUGCUGGCAUUAUAGGGUUGCACUGUAAAUGUCUGGCCUUGUAGAGAAAAUUUCAGCAUUUAGAGACAGGUAAAUAUCACCUGUGGCCUACUGAGAAAAACGAGGGGUCCUCGCACAAAAGCAUGCAAGGACCAGACUCAGGCUGAAGCCGUCCAGCAAGCUCCUCUUGAGACUCAUUUUCCAGAGUCCUCUGUUACCAAGUAGUGGGCAGACAUCAAGACGGAGUGAAGACAGGCCCCGCCUGGUGGCUUUGUUGAGGAGAGUUGUCUACACUCUGUGCCCUGGAGCUGUCCCCUCAUCAGGGAGACUUUGUUGCCCAGGUAACAGGGUUUCCCUGGCUCCAUUUGAUUCCUGUCUGUUUCCAAUCUGGUCUUCCAUCCAAGCUCACACACUAUCCAUGGGCCAUUUCCCUUCUUUUCAUAAGCCUCCACAUGGCCAUUUAGUUUUACCUAUCGAUCCUUUUCAGCUUGGCACCUUUUAGACUUUUGUCUUUUUCUUUUUUAAAUCUCCUUCCUCAUUACAUUUGGCUAAUUUGAUAGAAAAAACCCAGAUUGAGCUUUCAUAGCAUGCCGUGACCUUUGUAAGCCCAACUCCGAGCAUCACGGUGGCUUGAGGAUCGCUACCCAACAUUCUGAUCUCCUCACCUGUCUGAUCCAUUCACUCCAUCCACCUCAGAGUUCAACUAAGGAAACCUGUAGAGAGCGGACCAUUGAGAGAGCAAGGUCUUCACAGCCAAUCAGAUAUGGUAACAGUCCCACCACUUACAUUUUCUUUGAGCUUGUCCAGCCUUUGUUUGGACGCUCACUCAGGUGACAUGACGUAGUAAAUUUAGUGUGAGCAUCUUUCAAAUAAAUGAUGUUUGGAAUAUCCUGGGCUGUGAUACCAUUCCAAUAUUUAGGCUUGUGCUAUCUUAUUAUCAUCAGAAAAACAGGCUACUUUAAUUGCACGUGCUAGAGAAAAGCUACCACGUUCACCCAAUGAAUAGACUACUGGCAAAUCCCCAAACUAGCCUGUAAACAGGUAGAUAUAACUCUUCCAUUGCUUGGCUCCAGUGCCUGCAUCCUCAGCAUUCUUGCUCUGGUUUGGACUGCUGGGAACUCUUUGCACUUUUUCCUGUAGAUCUGUAGGUAAGGGAACACCGAGGGGGUUCAUCGGGGGCCAGGGUGGUGUUUUCACUCUAAGUAGCAGUGACUAUUUAGCUGGCUUUUGACUAAGGGAUGGACCAAAAAUCUGCACAGAAGAUAGGUGAUGAAGAAUGAGAUGUUGAGGGCAACAACUAGGGAUGGAGGAAAGCCCAAAGUUCCUGUUGAAGCCAUACAGUGUUAUAUACAGUUCCUUCCUAGGGCAUCCUGAUGAGCAAGGAAGUCACUUCCCCUUAGCCUCCAUUCUUAGGAUGUAAUAGUGAGGAUUCCUUUAUGGUUCUGCACAACCCUGUCUUAUCACAUGCCCCUGUGGUCUGCUACUUUAGAAAUAUCUAGGUGUGCACAAAUUAACAUUUUAUAUAUUGAAAGAGUUUUCUACAUGUAUUGGAUUGCUGAGAGUAAAGUAUAUAUUAGACUUGUUUUGGUAAACAAAUAAAUUCUACCUAAGUAGUAUGGAUUAAAAAUAUGAAAAUAUGUAAGAAUAUAUCUAUAUACCCUCGCUGUGUAACUCUAAAAUAAAAUUAGAUUCCACA